AUGUAUACAAAUGAAGCGAAAGAAAACACCCCAGACAAUAUAUUAACCACAACAAAUCCAUAUAUAAUUACAUAUAAUUUAAAUGAUUUGAUUAAGACAAGCGAUCUUAAUGGAGGCACUGUUUUGAUUGUAAUAAAUAUUAAAUUUUGCAGUGAAUUAAACGAUUUAGCAACGAUAUCACUUAACAUCAAGUUCAGAUAUAUAAUUGUAGUAGAUGUGCAUGUUACAAAGAAAUGCUACGAGGACAUGGAGAAUAAAUUAUAUGAGCUUAAAAAUUACAACUUAGUUAUAAUAACACUUGAUUCAAAAAGUAAUAAUUAUUUUAUAAUGACAAAAAUUCCUGAAAUUGAUGAAGUUACCUGUGGUGUCUCUGAAAGUUUAACAGUAAAUAUAAUAAAUAUUUGCCGGAACGGCUCACUUGAUAGGAAAAAAGUAAGUGACAUCUUUCCGUCUAAAGAAAUUACAGAUUUAAAAAUGUGUAAUUUGAAUGUAGGAAUGUCAAAAUUUUACCCUUACUCAAUGGUGAAUAAUGAAGAUGAUUUAAAGGAUCUCGAUACUUCAAAACAUUUGUACGGAGCGGAUGCGGAGGUAAUGAAAAUUUUAGCAAAGAAAUGCAACAGUACUUUAAAGAUGUUUUAUAUCGAUACUACUAGAAAAACUUCUCAAAAUGUACCACAAUUUAUUCAACAUCUUUUAGACGGAACACUAGAGGUUUGUGCUGGUGGUUUAAUCAGACAACGAGUAUAUGGAGAUGUUGUGGCUUAUUCGGGUAUUUACUCGAAACAAUCUGUUUUUUGGGUUUACACCGUAGAAAGAGAUAGGAGAUCCUGGCAAUCACUUGUCGGUAAAAUGACUGGAUUAUAUGUAUUCUUAAUCACUUACGUAUGUUAUGUAAUUUUGUGGAAUAUAUUGAAUCAAUUUGAUUAUAAAACUACAACAGUUAUCAAUUCAUGCCUGUACGGAUGGGGUGCUUUGCUUGGUGCUUCUAGCUUACAGGACGCUAGAUCUUUUAAGCAAAAGAUACUUAACAUUAUGUAUUUAAUCGUAUCUUUGCACAUGUCAGCGUUUGUGAGUACUCAAAUAUACUACUAUCUCACCAUUGAAAGACCACCAAAACAAUUUAAAACAAUGGAGGAAAUAAGUUCCUCGAACAAGAUAUCGUAUUUGAUACCUACAAAAAAAUACUUCGCAGAUGAUAAGUAUCACAUUGCUCUUGCUAAUAAAUCUCGAGACUGCUUUACCUUUACAGAAUGCGAGGAAUUGAUGUUAAAACAUAAAGCGUCAACAAUUUUAGUUGAGGGACUUUUUUCAAAAUUACAAUCAGCUUCAUCAGUUGGUGAUGAAGCAAGUAUCAUACGAGUAGCAGAUGAUAUUUUAAUAACUUAUCGCGAAAUGAUUAUCAGACAGAAUAGUACUCUAGUUAAAACUAUUCAAAAGUCUAUUCUAAGACUUUUUGAGGCAGGUAUUUGUAAUAAACUAUACGUCGAAGCUAUUGGAAUUUUAGCUGUUGACAAAGCUAAGAUAGCGAAUAAGAAUAUUUUGUCUGAUAGCUACAGCUGCACACAAGGUUGUGAAAUUACACUUUCCCAAUCAGCUUUUGCAUUUUAUGUUUGGAUAUUUGGAUGCUGUCUUUCGUGUUUCGUAUUUGUCUUCGAGAUUCUAUUGAAAAGGCGACUAAGGAGUAGCACAGUUCUACUACGACCUUGGAACUUAUAA